AAAUGUUUUCUUUUUUUUCUGUAAAUAACUUCAUGGUGCAAAAUUUUUUUACCGUUUAUGUGUGGAUGUUAUCAUGAGGGGAAGUUUCCAUCGCGAGUGGGGCUCCACUGUGGGUAGGGGGAAAUCUUUACAGUGUCCUAUUUCAGCGUUGUGAGGAGGAAGUGAGAAAGAAGCUUCUGUACAUCCUCAUAAAACCCUGUUGUUUCGGUCUCACUGAUUCAUUUGAUAUUUGAAAGUGUUCAGUCACCGUCACUCUACUGCAAAGUCUUUGUCAUUUGAACACAUUUUAAAGACUUAAGCCAUUCAAGGUAAGAAAAACUAACACGGUUACUUAAUUUUUGGAUGAAAUUGCCAACUAGCGAUGCAAGGACCAGAAUUGGUUGACUCGAGGAGUCGUUUUCGAUUUAUUGAAUCCUGUCUCGGCUUUAUGGGCUGUUUGUGCAUCAGCUAUGCGAUCUGGACACCCGGGUGGCUGGAUGACCGGGGUCUGUGGACCUCAGAGAAUCAGACCAGACUGGAUGACACCCGGACUACUGAAGACAUUACUAAAGCUCUGGAGGCUGAGAGAGUGUUUGCAGCGGUGGCUUUCCUCAUGUCGGUGAGCUCUGGACUGCUGUGUCUCAUGUUCGCUUUCUGCUGGAGGUCUCAAACCGUGCGUUCCUACUCGAACACUCGCUCGCUGCUGAUGGCUGGCCAGUCGCUCGACCCGUCCACUCUGCUGCUGCUCACACUAGUACCUACAGGGUUUUUAUUUUUUCUUAGCUGGGCGCUUUUUACCUAUCAACAUAUUGGUGAGAUCAGGGAUGACAUCAGUCGACUCGGCCCAUCCUAUUGGCUGGGAGUGGUGGGUGGGGCCUUGCUAUUGGCCGUGCUGCCUGUGGUCUUUCUGGCGGAGAAGUUUGUGGUUCCUGACAUCCUGCCGGAGUUUAAAAAGGCUGCUGAAAUGUGGUGGAAGGCUCCGGAGGUUGCACAUGUCUGAUCGUUCAGUGAGGGUUUCCAUCAUUCACAGUAUAAGUCUCAUCCUGAUGUUAGGAGAUAUUUGUCAGUGCCUUGAACGAGAGGAAGGAGAUGGCAAGGAAAUACAAAAGAGAAGAGACUAUGGUCUGGCUUGUCUUCUAGCCAAAUAAAUGAGCUGAGCAAAUAUCUCUCAACAGGAGUCGAGGACCUGGAUGAGAAACCUGUAACUGCUUUCUGGGAUGUGGGACACAAAGCUACAGGUUAUAAGGUUGGGUGCUAGCUUUGACAGUGGUUUCACAGCUGUAUUUGUACAAAGACACCCAUAAAUGUGGUUAAUGGAGUACCAGAGUUCACUAUCUGUGUGAGACAUAAAGCUAAAAAGGAUCUUCUUGAAAUUGCAGACAAACUAUUUCUCAGUAGCUUUUCAUAGCCGUUGUCCGCAAUUGUUAUUCUGUGAAUUAUACAGUGACUUUCAGGGAGGUCGACUUAAAUGCUUUUCGAAACGGAUUUUAGAUAUGCCAAAUUAUUGACUAUAAAUGUAAAUAAUCUUCAUGGCAUAAAUCUGUCGUGGUUUGUUCAGCUGUGCCUUUAGCACAGUAAACUAAACAAUGUUUCCUUUCAUCAUUAUAAAAACUGUCAAAAUGUGAUUGGUAGAAGUAUAAUAAAGUUACUAGUAAUUGCAAUGGGGAGUAAGUAAUGCUCAGCUCAAUUUUGCAGACAAUACUGAUUCAGAUAGCCACAGAGCACUUUUUACUUGCUAACACUUCUAGGUGCUUUUAUGAAGAAUUUAACACUACUAGAUGGUGCUACAAUUGUCUUGUGUGUGUGUGUCUUGUCUUUUUAUAAGGAAACAGUGCUCUCUACUGUCGAGCAUCGAGUUCUGUCUAUCAUAUGCAUUUAUACUUUUUGUGCUGUUUUUAACCAAUAAA